CAAGUCAUUGGUGUACAGUUCAGAUUGUCUGUGCAUGCAAUGUUAUGCACAAGCAGGGAAAAGGCACAACAUAUAAUUUGUUGUAAGCUACAAGUCUACAGUACUUUGAAGCCGGACAUCCGCGUUUUCUUUUGCUUUGCUUUUUUCUUGGUAGUGAAUUCAAAUUUGGUAGUCUGAUUGACAAGGUACUAUUUAAAUUAAACGUCCCGUGAAGAGCGUGCACACUUUUUUAACCGUGCACGGGAGGCGUGGAGCUCGAGCUUUUGACAUUCACGCCCGCAGUCGCGCUCCUCCAUCGAGACCUUAUGACAUUUCGCGUCUAAAAGCGAGAAAGUUUUUUAGUGGCAGAGCCAUGUUUUAAUACAGCUGGACGUGUUCGAACACAUCUUUUUAAUUGGAGCAUAUAAAGCAGACCAUGUCUUGCCAAAUUCAGCGGGAAUAGUUUGUUUUGAACACAGUGGAGUGCACAUUGCCAAAAGGUUCAUUACCAACGAAUGCAACUUCAGUAACGUUUAUUUCGACUUAUUGUUUAUACUACCUGCGUUCUCGACAUGGAGUAGCUCGGAAGGGGAGGCACGGGGAAACGGUGUUCUUUGACUAGGUUUCUCGCUUAUGGACGACUGUAGUCCCCUUUCUCCAAAGGCAAAUGCUUUCAGUAUUGCCUCUCUGAUUUCAGCGAGGGAGCAAGCAGGAAACGUAACGUUUGACAAACACUGCAUUGGCCUGGACGAGCAAGUGGCGCAAAACUGCUCCAGAUCCGUAAAAAUGCAUUACAGCACUGUCACGCGGGAGAUGGAAGCAAUAUCAAGCCCGUGGCUGACGCAGCUGUCCCAUUUUUGCGAUGUUGCAGCCUUCACGACCAGCAGCCUGAGCAGUCUCAAUACGCCCGGGAGUUACCAUCUCUCUCCUUCUCCUGGGGAUCCGUACAGCCAUCAUGAAAGCCAGUUUGAGCCGUGCCCGGCAGCACAACACGGCUACAACUAUUCCGGGUCCAACCCAGCACAGGCCCCGGCGCAAGGAGACACCGGGACAUCCAACUGCUCGUCUUCGUCGUCAAGCUCUACGCCAAAUAAAACGGUCGUGAAAAAGAACCCAAAAGUAGCCAAUAUUAAUGUACAGUUGGAAAUGAAGGCGCUGUGGGAUGAAUUUAAUCAACUUGGAACUGAAAUGAUUGUCACAAAAGCUGGAAGACGAAUGUUUCCUACGUUUCAAGUCAAAAUAUUUGGAAUGGACCCAAUGGCAGAUUACAUGCUACUGAUGGAUUUCCAGCCAGUGGAUGAUAAACGAUAUAGGUAUGCAUUCCACAGUUCAUCGUGGCUGGUGGCCGGCAAAGCCGAUCCAGCGACUCCAGGCAGAGUGCAUUAUCACCCCGACUCACCUGCCAAAGGAGCGCAGUGGAUGAAACAGAUCGUUUCCUUCGACAAACUUAAACUUACCAACAAUCUACUGGACGACAAUGGACAUAUCAUCCUGAAUUCAAUGCACAGAUACCAACCCAGAUUCCAUGUGGUCUACGUGGAUCCUCGGAAAGACAGCGAAAAAUACGCCGAGGAAAAUUACAAGACAUUUGUUUUUGAAGAGACCAGAUUUACCGCCGUUACAGCGUAUCAAAAUCACAGAAUAACACAACUGAAAAUCGCCAGCAACCCGUUUGCCAAAGGUUUCAGGGAUUGCGAUCCAGAGGACUGGCCUAGGAAUCACAGGCCCGGUUCCUUGCAAAUCAUGAGUGCAUUUGCUAGAACCAGGAACCCUAUGUCCUCCCCUCCACAGCAGAAUGGCUCCGAAAAAGAGGACAACCGGAGAGAAUAUGAUCGUGACCCCAGCAUAACUCCCCUCCACUCUGACCCUGCUCACCAGCUGAUGUCCAGAGUUCUCAGCCCAGCCCUUCCCGUUCUUGGCGGCCUACACGCCGUACCCCUCACAGCCGGACACCGCAGCCCACCUCAUGAACUGCGCCUUGAUGGACACCCCCAACCACCGGAUACCCUGCACCACCAUCCCUACAAGUAUCCAACCACCUAUGAACAUUAUCUGGGAGCUAAAACCAGACCCUCUCCGUACCCCUCACCGAGUAUUAGAGGCCACAGUUACCACCCCCAUAUGAACCCAACCACAGCAAACAUGUAUUCUGCGACAAGCGUGCCUUCUAAUUAUGACUACGGACCUAGAUAAUGACCCAAACUUGGUCCUUGGUGGAGCCACAUGGGACAUAACAUACAGGAAAAAAUACACACGUACCUUCGUGUCUCAGACUAUGUGGAGGUUGGGUUGGACACGUCUUCAGAAGUGGCUACCGCAGACAGAAAGAGAAAUUGCCAUAUUUAUUGAAGGGACAAAACUUCUUUGUGGAACAUAAAGCUGAGCCCAGUGGACCCAAUGUUAGGUCUGGCGUGCCUGAGAUUUCAGUCAGAAGCCAUGGCACAAGUAUCACUAUUGUUCAGAGAAACAAGGAGGACUUCUACAAACAAUUUAUGCAUUGUCAUGGACUGGAUCUGAACAGUUUUUUUUGUGUGUUGGAUGCACUUUUAGUUUUUGCUUUUAAAAAGCCAUAACUUAUAUAUUACCCUUGAGCCAUUGAGCUUGUAGAUAGAUGGAGUAUUUGCAUGUCACGCUUUUUUGAAGGUGCUGAAACACCCUGAAAUGUUUUUUUGUUUCUUUGGUUGAGAAUCAAUCGUUUUUGAAAAUGAUAGACCACCUUUAACCGGUCCGUGAAGCUUGUAACGUGGCACUGACUUACAGCAAUUCAAAUAAAUGAACAGAAUGACUGUGCUG